AUGUGCGAAGCAGCAACAGCAGCAGCAGCAGCAGCAGCAGCACUGUCUCCAGCAAGUCGCGCGGCGCUGCUGCUGCUUAGGCUGCGUGAUGAAGGCAGCAGCAUGCGCAGCAGCGGCACGCAGCAGCAGCAGCAGCAGCAGCAGCAGGUCUAUGUGGCUCUGCAGCAGACGGCUGCAGAGCUGUUGCUACUGCAGCACAGCAGCAACUACGAGUCCUUAUUGCAUUUGCUGCUGAUGUUGCUGCUGCUGCGCCGAGAAAAGCGACUGCCAUCCCCAAGCAGCUGCAGCAGCAGCAGCAGCAGCCUCUUCGGUGGCGUCUCCUCGUGCUGUUGCAUCGAGCCUGCAGAGAUAGUGCAGCAGCAGCAGCAACAGCAGCAGCAACAGCAAGACCUGCUGCAUUGGAAGAGCAUGCUGCGGAACAGCAGCUGCAGCUGCGUCGAAUGGUGUCAGGCGCUUCUGCUGCUGCAGCAGCAGCAGCAGCAGCAGCAGAAGCACCAGGAGCAGCAGCUACUGCUGCAGACUUGCAUAGUGGUGCCUCCCCCAGUUGCGCUGCAUGCAGCUGCAGCAGCAGCAGCAGCCGAGGUGGACAAUUUGCUGCUGCCGAUGGCUUUGCUGCAAUUUGGCCCCUCUGGGGAGCAGCAACAGCAGCAGCAGGAGCACCGGCAGCAGCAACUGAUUCUGCAGCUGCCACAACCAAAUGGCACAUGCAUGCUGUCUCGCCGGCUCAUGCCCGUAGCAGCAGCAACAGCAACAGCAGCAGCAGCAGCAGCAGCAGCAGAACGGGGAAGUGAAGGCAGCAGCACCAGUUUCGCGGUGUGGAGAGAAGUUGCAAAUGCUUGCAGCAGCAGCAGCAGCAGCAGCAACGGGGCGUUGGAAUUUGUUACGGUUUGCAUUGAUUCUCUUGUGCCUGCGGUGGGGCAGCAGCUGCUGCAGCAGCAGCAGCAGCAGCAACUGCUACCGCAGCAGCAGCAGCAGCAGUUGGUGCUGCAGCACAUGCUGUUGGGUCGCAGCUUGCACGACGAAGCCGUGCAGCUGCUGCCUCGCGGGUGGCAGCGGCACGCUGCUGCUUCUGCUGCUGCUCCUGCUGCUGCUGCUGCUGCUGUUGCAAAACACACAGGGUGCAUGUACAUCUUGCUGCUGCUGCUGUGGCGGGAAAUCCACUCUGAUGCUGCUCUGCCCUUAGAAGCAUGUCCCGCUGCGUGUCAGCAGCAGCAGCAGCAGCAGCAAGGGCUCUGUCAGGUGUGCGGUUCUACCUGCUGCAGCAGCAGCAGCAACAGCAGCAGCUGCUGCCGGAGGCAACAGGUGUACGACUACCGUACAUUUUUAAUGUCUCGUUUGCUGCUUCUGCUGCAGCAGCAGCAGCAGGACCCCUCGCUGCUGCCUGUGCACCAUCUAUUUUGGCUAAUGCAGAAGCAGCAACUCAGCAGCAGCAGCAGCAGCAGCAGCAGCAGCAAAGCUUUUGGACUCUGCGCCUUUGCGCGCCGGCUCUGCCGUUUUGCUGCCUUUCGAAUUCUCUGCUGCUUCCUGCAGCAGCAGGACAGACAGCAGUUUUUAACAACAUUGCAGCAGCAGCAGCAGCAAGGUUCGCGUCAGCAGUGUAGAGGAACAGCAGCGGCAGCUACUGCUGUUGCUGCUGCCACAGAACCUGCAGCCUCAGAGUCUCUUGAGUAUAGCAUAUAUCUCCACGAGGAGCAGCAGCAGCAGCAGCUAGACCAGCUGCAGCAGCAGCAGCAGCAAGAGCAGCGGCAGCGGCGGCGCCGCUGGCGUUCCCAGUUGCGUCGACAUGAAAAUUUUUUUGGUUGGCUGCAGGCCAGUAAGCAGCAGCAGCAGCAGCAACAGCAGCAGCAACAACAGCAGCAGCAGCAACAGCAGCAGGUAGAUGCUUAUUUGGACCUUCCUGCCAUGUACCGCUGCAGCGCCAGCAGCUGCUGCUCAUGCACAAGAGCAGCACGAGCUGCUGCUGCUGCUGCAGCACAGCAGCAGCAGCAGAAUACAAGCAGCAACAGCACCGGCGCAGCAGCUGUUGCUUCUGAGUGCAGCAGCAGCUUCCAGCAACAGCAACAACAAGAGCAGCAACAGCAACAGCAGCAACAGCAGCAGCAGCUUCAAAGAUGCGCAGCUGUUCGCGGGAUUGAAGUGUCUCUGCAGCUGCUGUUCCUCCUGCGCAGCUGCUGCAGCAGCUGCAGCUGCAAGACCAGCAGCAGCAAGAGCAGAAGCUGCAGCAGCAGCAGCAGCAGCUGCAGCUGCAGCAAAGCCCUAAAGUGGAUUGACAGUUUCGAAGACGCGUGCAUCGAUCUGCUGCUCCCAGGCGGUAGCAGCAGCAGCAGGACAGCAGCAGCAGCAGCCGCUGCUGCUGCUGCUGCUGCCGCAACGGGCUUCUCAGCAACAGCAGCAGACUCACCGCCAGCAGCAACAGACACAGAAAACGAAGAAGACAGCAGCAGCAGCAACAGCAGCAACAGGCCCGGCCGCAGCUGCAGCAUCGGCAGCAGCAGGCGCAGCAGCAGCAACAGCAGCAGAGGCAGCAGCAUUGGGAGUGCUGAAGACAGCAGCAGCAGCAGUGUUGCUGCUGCAGUGGCUGUGCCGCAGCUGCGGAAGCAGCUUGAGCUCCAUGCGAUGUACAGGCUGCUGCUGCUGCUGCUGCUGCAGCAUCGCAUGCAGCGAACAGCAGCAGCAGAACUUCCUGCUUUCUUUGGCUUUGUUGCUUCUCGCUGCUCGUUGCUGCCCGCUGCCGCUGCGCCUUUGCUGCUGCAGGUCCUUGGCUGCCUCGCCAAGGCAGCAGCAGCAGUUGCUGCUGCAGCGGCAGUUGCUGCUGCUACGGCUGCAACUGGACGAAGCAGCAGCAACAGCAGCAGCAGCAGCAGCGUCUGCUGCAGCUUGCUGAGUGGCCUCCGCUUCGCUUUUAUUGCCCUUGAAGAGCUACCAAUGGAACUGCAGCAGCAGCAGCUGCUGCUGCAGCAGCAGCAGCAAGGCUCUAGCUUCGGCGAAAGGCUGCUGCAGGAGCUGCUGUUGCUGCUGCAGCUGCUGCAGCAAGUCGCCACUCUUAUGUACGGCUACUGCUACGACACGCUGCAACAGGUGUCUCAGCAACAGCAGCAGCAGCAAGGUUGGAAGCCCAGUGCUGCUCUCUCUCGGCAGCUUGCUGCUGCCAGCAGCAAAUGGAGAGGCGCAGAAGCAACUGCAACAGCAACCCGAGGAGUGAUCCUACUUGCUGCAGCCACAGCGCAGCGCCUCCUAGACGCAUGCAGCAGCAGCAGCAGCAACAGCAGCAGCAGCAACGGCAGCAGCAAGGUCGGGCUUGCUGCUGCAGUGGAGCAGCAAGUUGCUGCAUUGGAAGAAUGUUCUGAGCGCCUGCUGCUGCUGCUGCAGGCAGCAGCAGCGCAGGGCGACAGCCUCCAGCGGGAGCUGCAGCUGGAGCAGCAGCAGCAGCAGCAGCAGCAACAGCAGGACAGCAGCGGCGAGGAAGAUACCGCCUUCCUAGACCAGCUCAUUGACUAUGAAACAGAAGACCCUCUGGCCCUUUACCUGCAAGGCUCCAUUCAGCAGCAGCAGCAGCAGCUGCUGCCGCUGCAAGACAGCAGCAGCAGCAGCAGCAGCAGCAGUAGCAGCAGCGGCAGCAGGCACGCGGCUCUUCUAAAGAACCGGCAGCUGCCAACUGCCUGGGCUUCUUUUGUGCGCGGCCUUUGCGCCAGCGGCUUCUAG